AACAGUUUACGACACUGUCAACCAACUCGCAAAGAAGGUCAGCCAGCGUGCUUGAAACGCCGGAGCUUGAGACGAGAACAAAUGCUAAAACUGCAAACAGUCUGUAAAUGAUAGAUGUAAAUGUCAUUCCGUUUACGAUGUUGCGCUAUUUUAAGUGAGAAACGGUGGGAAAAAGCUUUGCGAUUUGUUUCUGUUUUAUUAUUAGCCUUACGCCAAAGUCGCUGAGCCAUGUUUAGAAGUCUUAUUAGACUCAAGAGUCCAUUUGGAAGUGUUAUUUCUCUUUACAACGUGUGCCCGAGGCAUCAACACUCCAGUUGUACGCGGAAGUAUUCCACCGCCACAUCAGAGAGGAAGAAGUUUUAUCAAGAUGUAAGCAUCUCCCAAGGUGAAGGUGGUCUCUACGAGAUAAACCUUGACAGAAGGAAACUGAAAACUCCAGGUGGGAACCUGUUCGUAGUGCCUAAUGAGGCCCUGGCCGUCGCUGUGGCAACAGAGUGGGAUGCUCAGAAGGAUACGCUCAAGUUCUACACUAUGCAUCUGACGACUCUGUGCAACACAGCUCUGGACAAUCCAACUCAACGCAACAAGGACCAGAUGAUCACUGCUGCUCUGAAGUAUUUGGAAACAGACACCGUUUGUUACAGAGUCGAUGAGCCUCCAGGUUUGGUCGAGCUCCAGAAGAAUGAGUGGGACCCUGUGCUGCACUGGAUUGAAAACAGGUACGAUGUCACUGUUGGAUCCUCGUCCAGCAUUUUGGGUCCUGAGAUUCCAGAAGCAACCAAAGACACAUUCAGGCAACACUUGAGCUCCUACAACCUCUGGUCCAUGACAGGACUGGAGUUUGUGAUCACUCAGCUGAAAUCUGUAAUUCUGUCGCUGGGGAUGAUCGACAGACAUCUGAGUGUGGAGGAAGCUGUGCUGCUUUCCAGACUGGAGGAGGAGUACCAGAUUCGGCGCUGGGGAAAUGUGGAGUGGGCCCAUGACUACGACAUGUAUGAGCUGAGGGCACGGACGGCCGCCGGAGCUCUUUUUGUUCAGCUCUCAUCUGAGAGUUCAACCAUCAAACACAAGCUCAUGCAAGACUGAUGACGAUUCAGAUUACCAGUUAGCUUAAAGCAACAAUCAUGUUCCACGACCUGCAGCAGAUCUAACAUGAAACCAACGUGAUGUUGUAGAGGUCCCCCUUCCUCUGUUGCUGGAUGGUGUUUGUAUGUGGCAGCUGUGUCUCUAGUUGGUCAUCAAUCACUUGUGACAUUUGCUGGACCCAAACACACAUUUGAAGAUGGUGCUUUUGUCUUCUUCAUUAUAAAAACAGUGCUUGUUCUUAUAAAAUCUGUGUGAGAAAUGCUCUCUCAGAUUAAAACAAACAUUCUGGAGUAGGAUUAUACUUCUGUAAGAACACAUUCAACAUGUUUGUGUCUGUUCCUUCUGUUUUUGCUUUUUCCAUUGUGAUAUAAAGCAACAUUAUGUGUGCCAAUGAUGGUUAUUGUGAAAAAAACAGAAACAAUGGUUGUCUUGCAUUUCUGAAUAAUUUUCUACAAUAAAUGUAGACAUCCCUGUUCAAUUUAAUUAUGGAUCAGAUUUCAGGUUUUAGGUUUCAUUUAUGGCACUUAUUGCUUUUAGUUUUUUGUAAUUUAGUUUUUUUCCCCCUUGUGACUCAUUUUAAUGUAUUUUGUGUGCAGCUCUUUGGGGCAAUGGCUGUUGCCCUCUAAAUGUGCUAUAGUAUCAAUAAAAUUUAACUUGACUUGGA